GAGACAAGCCGUUCCAAUUAUCCUGUAAAAGGACCGAGCAAAAAGCGAGGAUUUUUACGGGGUGCGAUCUGUCGUCGUCGGAAACCGCUCGCGCCAUCGAACGUCCAUCGCUCGUAUCAUCGUCGCGUCGUCGUCGUCGUCGUCGGCGGCUUCACCCCCCUGCUCGAGCCCCGCCGGGACGGCUCGGUCGAGCUCAGCUUCAGCUCGGCGGAGCUUGAAGCGCCAUCGAAGAUGGCGGCCAGAGGGUAGGGUCGGGUCGGAGACGCGCGACGCGAGGCAACCUCUUCCCCGGGUGGAGACGGCCGUGACGGAUAUCGGGGCGAGCCGCCCGCUCGAGUCCAAGUCGCUCCGAUGGUGACGGGUUUCUCCGAUUUCCCGCUAAUUCAGGAUUCAGAGUCGGAAUACUACGCAGUGGCUAAAACAUAUUAACAUACGCACAAAUUCAUUCUCAUUUUCUUUCGAUAUCGAUAGCCGAUUAACAUGCUAAUAUCCAUACUUCCUUUACUCGUCAACGUCUAGUCAGAGAGAUAAAAAGAAGAAAGAAGAUUAUAAUUCGGCGCGAAAAGAAACCUUCGAUUGAGAUAAGGGUCGACGCACACGAGUACAACCGAAACUAAACCAAAGCGUGUAAAUAUAGAACCAAGAUAACCCAGCUGAUUCACACAGAGGAAUCUCAACGGUCAUCCUCCUCACGAGGCGUUGCGCGGUGAUAUCAUACCAAAGAAAAAUCGAUCCUAUACUAAGUUCCUGUCUAGAGUCUACUCCAACUCUAUUGACUAUAAUGGAGUAGCGAAGAUACAAAAGCGAGCAAUCAAUCAUUCGAGAUCAAAUCUGGAAAAAGUCGGUCGCGACGCUUUUUUAUCAAUAUUGAAUUAAUUAGAUAAGAUAAUUAAGAAUCGAAGAUUUAAUCGCGAUUAAAAGUACAAUAUCGUACAAGUGUCAUCGAAAUACUAGAGAUUAUACUUAAGUGCUGCAAAUCAAAAAGAAGCGCAAAGAAACGGAUUAGCUGAGAAAACAUCUCGAAAAAGCGAUCGACGUUACAUUGCGAAAUCAUUAUUGGGCGAUAUCGAUCUGAUGUGGGAUAGCGACUCGAAAAUUGCGACGGGUUGAUCGAGUUCCCCGGUAACAUCGAUGCGGUGUUGGUCGGUCGCGUCAGCGUUUCCAAUUCAGCGACCGCAGGAAGCGACACGCGUGAGAGGACUUCUUCGUUAAAGGGACGGUUUAUCCAGUCUUCGUAGUCGACAGCGGGAGGACGAACGCGAAGCGCACGUUGCUGAUUUUUAUGAACUCUUCAAUCAUCGCUCUAGAGAUUGAAAAAUCACGUUAACACAAUCUCAAAGAUAAAAUCUCGAAAAAACACAAAUAACUUUCUGAUAUCUGUUAAACGAAUCUCAUACGGCGAUGUAAUUAAUAGUUAAGAUAAUGCUUCAUUAUCGGAAAAAUUAACAAUCGAUUGCUGAAGCGAGAAUUGUCGAGAGUUGUCAAUAAUAAUACACCGAAGGAACAACAGCUUCUAAAUAAGCUCGCUCUCCAGAGAGACUCGAACGCCGUUUAUACUUUAAAAUCAAUGAGAACGAAAGCCGGGAUAAGUCACGGAGCACAUUUCGAAUGCGCGAUCUUAUUCGGAAAUCUCCGAGAACGAAUUAGCCUCGAAGUAAAGCAGGCGAUGAUAAAUGCUGCGACGAGUAGGCGAAUGACAGGGUGAAAAAGGUGAGAGGUCACAGACAUAAGAAAGGAAGGGUUGCGGUGACAGUCGUGCGGAGGGAGGCCGAGGACCCGUCUGGAAGAACGCGGAAAGAGCGACGGGGUGGCGGGAGCGAGGAGCUUCAGCGGGCGAGGAAGAGAGAAGAAGAGAGGGAGAAAGAGAAAGAGAGAGACAGGGGAGGAGAGAAGUGCCCCGUCGAGAGGGGUGCGCAUCGGGCUGAUAUCGACCGAGGAUUGCGCUUGCGUGGAAAAAGGCGCGAGCGCAAUCGCUCCAAGAGAGCAGCGGCGUCCUCCGCGUCGAAAGAGGAAGAGGAACCUCUCGUUCCCCGUCGUCAGUCGAUCGUCGCGCCGACGAGGAACGGGCCGCCGCAGCCGCCGUCCGGGGAAGACUUCCGGUAUCCUCCUGGCAGAGGCCGGGCUGGGCCCCGGUGUACGACACGGUGAUUCCAACGCCCGCACUGGCCCGCACUUCCGGGAGCCCGAGCUGCCCUGUCCGGGUUCGAUCUCGCGGUGAGCUCGACUUCGCUCGGCAUCGCGUCGGAACUCGCCACCGUCGUCGGAGGACGGGGAAAAACCGGCGCGGGCGGUCGGAAAGGGGGGCAGGCGAGGUAUAUCGGGACGAUAAGAGCGCGAUAAGCGGACUCGCGCUUUAUAAACGUCUUUGUGCGCGCGUGUACGUGCGUAUCUUCUCCUCUCCUCUUCGCCUCUCUCGCUUUCUCGGCCUGACCUCGUCGCCGUUCGCGCCGAUAAAAGACGAAUCCCGAGUACUCCUUCGAGAAUAACAGCGCCGCUGCCACCAGUUCGGGACUGACGAUACCGCGGCGUGGUUAUUAGGGCAUUAAAUGACGAACGAAGUUUGAGAUCCGAUCGAAUUCGUCUUGCUUCGUCGCUGCGAACGCGAUCGCGUCGCGUUCGCCGAAUUUUUAAUUGCACGACAUGAAGCGACAUCGAUGCCUGGCGGUUUCAUCCGGUUUCAUUCGGAGGUGAAUUAUCAUAAUGCAUAAUAAAUUGACAAGCCGAGCAGUCGCGACUCGAUGCAAGAUAAUUUUCUGAACUAUCGAGAUUUAUCUGUAGAAAAUUUGAUCUUGACUUGCAUAUCGUACGAUGUCGAAUUUCAUAUCUAUCGAUGUAAUUCUUCGGGGUAGUAACGCGUGUUUAUGAGUUUUAUCAGGGGGAAAAACAAUCGAUGCGACUUAUCUAAAGCCGAGCAGCUGACACGUCAUACAAUAUGCUGAGAUAAUCAAAGUCGAGCGUCGAAGUCUCUCGAGGCGUUAUAUCGUGAUCGCGUUGCCUGUGGCAAGACACAAUGAUCAGCAUGCAGCAGCAGACAGUCUUUAACCAGGUAGCCGGGUCUGAGCAGCCGCAGGAGGAAGUUCAGCUGACCGAAUUGCUACCGGUGAAACAGUCGCGUAUCAGGGAAAAUAUUUUCAAGGACGGUGAUGCAACUGACGCUCUCAGAGCACUGAGAAGUUUUUCAGGCGAUUGCGGCGACGGGGAAAGCUUCGAGUUGCGGGAUUACUUCUGCAAAAGCAUCGAUCAAUCGGAACGUCAAAAUAACGGUAAGCAUCGACGAACGGAAGCUCGUCGAAGAAGAACGGGCGGACUCAGGAACAAUGCUGAAGACGUAGGCUCCGAUGAAGAGAAACACGAUGGCGAGGCGAUAGGAAAGAACACGAAGAAGACACGAACCGGCAAGAAAAACAUUCGAAAAGCACCGAAGAGAAAAUUGGCGAGAUCAAAAAGGAAGGAUGACGACAGGGAUAGCGAUUAUGAAACGAACGAGAAAUCUAUCAGGAAGAACCCUGUCGGAUGCGACGAAGAAUUCACGCCCGAUUACGAUGAAGAGGACGUCGACGAACAGUUGUAUUUGGAUUUAGAUAAAAGAGAUUGUUUUAAAGAUGAAGUAUAUGUAUAUAGGCGAGAACCGCUGGAGCCAUGCUCGGGCUCGGAACCGGAGGAAUUGGGAGCGAUCCAAGAUCGCGAGAUCCAGCAGGACUUUUGCGAGAAGGAUUACUCCACUACGGAUGGCGAUUUAUUCGACGGGACUGUUAGGCGGAAAAAAAGUUUCGCUAAAAACAUCAAGAACAGCGAAAAAGGAAAAUGCGAGACAUCAAAUAUCGAUGAAGCUAUCGAGAAGGAAAAUUCUGAGAAAGAGCUUAGACUGAAGAUCGAUGCCAUCAUUCAAGCGAAUUAUCUGCUGGAGCGUGAGAACAACAACGUCGUUGGUUCCGAAAAACUGAAAAUCGUGGAGAAUAUUAGCAACUCCUCCAUUGCCGCAUCGUUAAACACGGAGAGUAGCGAUAGCUCCCUAUGCAAUUCUAUCGAAACGAAGAAGACGACGAAGAGAAAAAAGAAGAAGAAGAAGAUCGAGCAGAGAGAUUCGCAGAUGAAGGAUCAGCAAAAUCCUCAGAAGAAAUACUGUUGCGUCGUAUGCGACGCGCGCUUUAAGGGUAGCGGUGGUCUGCGAAAUCACUACAAGGUAGUGCACGGCGCCGGACCGGUGUACAAAUGCGACGAGUGCGGCAAGGAAUUUCCGUUGAAGGAACGGCUGAAGCUGCACGUGCGCACGCACACCGGCUUCAAGCCUUACAAGUGUUCAGAGUGCGAUAAAAGCUUUGCGCGGGGCGGUCAACUGGUGCAGCAUCGUCGUACGCAUAGCCAGGUCAGGCCGUUCCGUUGCGGCUUGUGUUCCAACAGCUUUACCUGCGCGGCAAAUCUGUCUCUCCACGUGAAGCGUCACAACGGCCAGAAGGAUCACAAGUGCGAUCUAUGCGGACGCGCCUUCGUGCGCCGCGACGCCCUGAAGAAGCAUCUGGAGUGCUUACACCGCGACGUCAGGUCAUUCCUCUGCGCAAUCUGCAACAAGACUUUCAAGGGUCACCUGCCGCAGCACAUGAGGACGCAUGCACGCGAUCGUCCGCACGGCUGUGCCACAUGCGGCCAGCGAUUCGCUCAAAAAUCCCAGCUGACUGUGCACCAGAGGACCCAUUCUGGUCAACGGCCUUUCCGCUGUCUCGUCUGUUGGCAGGCCUUCGCUCACUCGACCGCCCUAAAACUGCACACCCGCCGUCACACCGGCGAACGACCCUUCAAGUGCUCCGAGUGCAACGCCGGCUUUACUCAGCUGCCGCAUUGGAAGAAGCACAUGAAGUGCAUACACGGUAGGAAUGAUCCGUACGGUUGUAAACUUUGUAAGAGUUUUUUUAGAAUCAAGAGCGAUCUGGAAAAUCAUGAGAAGACUUGCCAUCCGGAGAUGGAAGUGGAAGAUGACGGUAACGGUGUUGCCAGCAAACCGAACGGCGGAUUCGAGAUUGUUGAGAAGAACUCGGUCACCGCAAAGUAUAAAUUGAUGACAGUGGAAAAGAUGCGAUUGUUAUUAGCGGUGCUGCUCAAGAGGAUCAGCAAGCAGGAGCGAUUGGACGAGCUCGGCUUCGGUAAACGUCUCAUCGAUGAUGUUCUUCAAGACUCGCUGGUGUCCGCUGGUAAGGAACCGGUCACGGGGGGUGGCUCCGAGCUCGAGACUCUCACCCGAAACCUGGAGAUCUUCUUGGAGUGGACGGUGCCGAAGGAACACUGGGAGAAUUUCCGUAGGAUGAAAAAAUCGCCAGAAGAUAUUUUGGAAGCACUCACGGCUACGUAAAUAUACGUAAUUCGUUUGCUAGCAAUAAUUUUAUUAUCUUCCUUCAUUUUAUUAUCUUCGACGUGAGAGCAAAAUCCAGACCAGUUUAAAAUCAUCUCGCACAUUUUUAUACAAACAAUGGAAUAUUUCAAUAAGUGCUUUUUUUCUCUGUGUAUUCUCUCGGUUUUAGUCGUAUCAAAAUUCAUAUCAAAAUUCAAUCAUUUAUAGUUCGAAUCAUCUAACAUUUUAUAACUUUUCAUAAC